GAGUUUGAGCUUCCCCACUGCCUGACCCUGCUCUCUGGGCUGUCUCUAGGGAGUCUGCCCUUCUCAGGCCUGCUCCCCACCCUCUAUGGCUCUCAAUUCCUCCCAAGAAGAAUGUCCCUCUAAAAGGAGGCCGCUGGCCACAAAGGGAGAUGAACAAGCCAAGGUAGCCUGGCCUGCACUUGGGGCCAGGGCUGCUGCUGUGUCUUGCCAUCAACCCUCCCCAGACCCCCAGGACACCUGCCUCACCCAGAAGCACUCCUCCGUCAGGCCUCUGAGGGGGAUGGCUCCAUGCCACUUUUAGCAAAAGGGGAAACCAUCGCAGCAGAAAGGCCAAUGCCACACUAGACAGCCAGGAGCCCAGCAGCACAAGUGGCCCCCUAAGGCACUUUGGGGACCACACCCCCGUCACUCUGACCCCAGCAACUGGUUCCCAGGCCUUCGGGAUCCUCCUGGGAACCUCUCAGCAUGAUUAACACAGGCAGACGGGACCUGAAGGGGCCGCUGGUCCUUCUGAAAAUGUUCACCAGGCAGUGUGAGUGUGGAGAGGCCAUGGGCAAUGUGUGGGAC